UCAAAGAGGACUUACGUCAUGUCAUUUUGUCAUCAAAUAUCAAACUCACCUUCAUCAACCGCUAACAAAUACUUAUUUAAAUUUAACUAAUAUUUUUAUCCAAAAAAAGAAACAACAAUCAACCAAAUCUCAAUAUUUAAACAAACUUUGGCUAAAAUAUGCACUUUACCUUACAAUUGAAGACAUAGCAUGGGAGCUGGAGGCAGUAAAACAAUUAUCGCAGGCGGUCUCAAACAUUGUACAUUAUGGAAAGCAGACCGCAGUCCCUCGUGCCGCGCCGUCAUGAUGGCGCUGGACGCUCUGAACCUCAGCAUCACUGAAGUCGAUGUAAAUAUGGACAAGGGAGAGCAUAAGUCUCCCGAGUUGACUACUCUAAAUCCUCUUCAGACACUGCCCAUAUUCAAAGACCGCGAACUGAUACUGAAUGACAGUCACGCCAUCUCGAUGUACCUGGCCAAUCGUUACAGUACGUCCGACCAACUCCUGCCCAGAGAUCCCGGGAGAAUGUCUGUGAUAGCACAACUGAUGCAUUUCGAUAGCGGGAUACUAUAUCCUCGAUACCAGAUGGCUGCGAAUCCUAUCUUGUACGAGAACUGCAACUUCGUGAUGCCGCAGCACGUGUGUGAUAUCGAAUGCGCGUAUAACGACCUGGAGACUAUGUUGGCGGGCAAGACCUGGCUGGCGGGCGACACGACCACGCUUGCAGACAUCAGUGUCGCCGCCACUGUCAGCACGCUCAACGUGCUCGUGCCCAUAGAUCACACCCGGUAUCCACGACUAUCGAGCUGGCUUGAUCAGAUGUCUGAGGAGAUAUACUUCAUCACAGCUAACAAGACAGGGCUUGGUGAAUUUACGAGAAGGAUAGGCGAGUUAUCAGAAGUCGAAAACGAAAAUUGUACUUAAUUUAUAAAAGCUAGCCGGAAUAAUUCUAAGAUUAUCUUUAUCGCAACCAGAUCGUGGCACCGUUUGCGAUGACAGUGUGUUCAAAUGUCCCCGUAGCUCGACCAGCCGACGAGGAAGUGUUACAGAAAGAAACUAAGCCUUUUUUGGGUACCUACUAAUUUAUUAACAAUUUGUAUUUUUAAAAGUAUAAAUAAAAUAUACCACAGUGAGAACUAAUAUAAAUAAGC